AUGGCCGCGCCAGUUUCUUCAGUUUUUCGUCUGCCAGUUGUUGUUAUUCUUGGUGCAACUGGAACCGGAAAAUCAAAGUUAGCGCUUCAACUUGGCAGGCAUUUUGGUGGGGAGAUAAUCAGUGCUGACUCAAUGCAGGUUUAUAAAGGGCUGGACAUCAUCACAAACAAAGUCACGAAGGACGAACAAGAAGCCUGCCCUCAUCAUCUUAUAGACUUCUUGAAUCCGCUUAGCCGGUACACGGUGGUUGAUUUCCGAAAUAAGGCACUACCGAUAAUAGAGAACUUACUGAAGGACAACAGAGUACCGGUGAUAGUUGGCGGCACCAACUACUACAUCGAAUCUUUACUUUGGAAAGUUUUACUGGAAAAAGAGGACACGGUUACACAGGAUUUACUUCUUGAAUCAAGAGGAGACCCACAAAGUCUGAGCAUCAGAAAGAAACGCAAACAUCCAACGUCUCACCAAGACAGGAACAAAGAUGUUCACUCAGAGAGCGUCUGUAACAGCCAAAGAAAACUACUGAAGACUGACUCCUCAGAGACCAGUGAGUUACGUUUAGAACCUUCCUUGAUUGAUAGAACAAGUGAUAUUGAGGUAACUGGUGCGUCUACUUCAUUAACAUCCCCUGAGGGCUUUAAAGUUCAAGUUCCCUCGAGUCACAAAGUUCAAGAACCAGACAAAGGAGGCAAUGAAUCGUCAAAUGAAAUGAGAGCUAACAAACCUGCCACGACAACAACAGACUCAACAAAUCCUGCUGAAAUUAUCUCGAAUCUCCUUCCAGUUGGACUGUUUUCAAAUUCUGAGGAUGUUGUCAAUGAAUCAGAAGUCGAUGAGGAGUUGGACGAUGACGACCUGAUGAGGAUUGACGUGGAAGGGACGAAGACUGAAGAGCUGUAUCAAAUCCUGGCUGAGAUUGACCCAGCGAGGGCAGACUCUUUACACCCAAACAACAGGCGCAAGAUUAUUAGGAGCCUCCAGGUGUAUGAGCAACUCGGUCGACCCCACAGUGAGAUUCUGUCUUGUCAGCAGGAUGAGGAAGGAGGUGGGCCGCUGGGUGGACCUCUUCGAUUCAACGAUGUCUGUAUUCUCUGGCUGCAGUGUGAUCACCAAGUAUUGGACAAGAGACUCGAUGGUAGAGUUGAGGACAUGAUCUCUCGGGGAUUGCUGAAUGAACUUCUUAAUUUUCAUCGAGAGUACAACGAGGAGAGAGUACAAUCAAAAGCAGACAGCGAGACUUUAUAUACCCAAGGUAUCUUUCAAUCCAUUGGGUUUAAGGAGUUCCAUCCAUAUCUCAUCCUACCUAGGGAGCAGAGAGAUUCCUUAGAGGCAAAGAAACUCCUCCAAGAUGGAGUGGAGAAACUAAGGAUAGCAACGAGGCAGUAUGCAAGACGGCAGAACAGAUGGGUCAAGAAUAGAUUUGUCAGACGUCCCGGUGACAACGUGCCCCCAGUGUACAGUUUAGACUCUACAGACCCAACAUGUUGGGAUGAAAAUGUUUGGGAACCAGCUAAGAAAAUCCUACAAGCCAUCAAGGAGGGUUAUGAGUCGCCCAUACCUCCUCUAAUGUAUGAAGGUCCAACUCCAUCCGAAGACGCCUGUUCCAAACAUGUAUGUGAUGUAUGUGAUGGGAGGGUGUUCGUGGGCAAACAGCAGUGGCUUGGACAUCUGAAAUCCAAGCGGCAUUACAAAAAGGCAAGGAAAGUGAAGCUGGCAUCAUUGAUGAGGUCUUAUCAGGAGAAAUUGGUUACCGUAGAAACCACAGUCGUUGAAAAACAUCAGGAGGGAUUAAUGGGUGACACGAAAGUUGUGGAACAAAUCGUUGAUGAGAACACAAAGAUGUAGUUUGGAAACAUAUUGGAAUUCAAACAACUAUAAAAUUCUACAAAAUUCAUUGAGAGUCACUGUUUUGCUACAAAUAAUUGCAGGGAUGUUAUUCAUCCAUUUCAAAACGAUAUUCUGUUUUUUGUUUGCCUAGAUUAAAGAAAUUGGGUUUUUUUUUUGUACCCCACCCCCCAAAAAAAAGGGUCUAUG